GACCCCCUCGCCAUUCCAAACCCCCCUCCCUCUUCUUCUUGCUCGAGACAUCGCCAUCUAUUCUCUCCCUAAUUCGAUCGAAAUCCCUUCGGUUGGCCUCGAAAUGCGGUGAUACGCACCCUCCCUCGAAGCCAUACUCCUCCAAGUUUUUCUCAGAUCGGAGAUUGAGAGAGAGAACGAGACGAUGUCGGAGAACUGCGCCGCCGCCGCCGCCAUCGAUCCGUGGGCCUGGUUCUCCAACGUCUCCGCAAGCGAAACCGAAGCUCUCACGAGAGCCCUCCAGAUCUCCAUUUGCGGCAUCGACUCCACCGUCUCCACGCCCUCCCCAGUGUCCGUCGAUGCCCUCUCCUCAUCCCCCUCCUCACUGCUUAUAGAUCUUAUCAAGCCUGAGCCCACCGUCUCUUCCUCCAAUCCCCACUUGGGCUUGAAGCGACCGGCGGUGACAGCGCCGCCGGCGACGGGGCGGAUCUCGAAGAAGAAGCCGCGACCGUCAAAGCGGUGCCAGACUACGUACAUCAACGCGGACCCGGCCAACUUCCGCCAGAUGGUCCAGCAGGUCACCGGAGUCCGGCUCGGCGACGCCAAGCUCCCGGUCGAGCCGGUAUUGAAGCCCGAGCCGCAGCGGGCCGCGGGGAGUCGGACCGCGAUCCUGUCUCAGAGUUGCCUUCCGACGCUGGACACCUCGGCUUUUUGGUUGGACCGGGCCGGGAUCGACGUGCCGCAGCCGGCGGCGCUGGGUUCGACUGGACCGGUGCUGGACGCACAUCCCGGGUUUGAGUUCGAACCGUUUCCAGGCUUCCCGACUCUGGAGUCCUGGGGAGUCAUGUAGGCGAGGGCAGUAGAGAGAGAAGAACCAAUAAAUCGUUUUUCCCCUUUUUCUUGUAUUUUAUGGGGCGGUUUAGUUUUGGGUUCCUAGAGAGUUUUUUUUUUUUUGCUUUCUUUUUCUUUGCUGUACAUGCAGUGGAGCGGGGGUUAGACCUCUGCUUUUUGUUGGCUGUUCUACCAUGAAUAGUACGGUAACCUUUUAACUACAUAUAAUUAUAUUAUAUUGCUAUUGUUAGUCAUGAUUUUAACUCGAGUACUAGAUCGCGUGGCGGGAUGGCUAUCUUGAGAAAUCGGACAGCUGUGUAUGUAUUUGUGGUUCUUUUUGUUUGAUAGCUGACUAUUUAUUUAUUUUUGAUCGUCUGUGUACUGUGUAAGAUUCGAACUUCCAGAAGUAUGAAAGGUUUAUAUUUUCUA